UGAAAGUCUUUGUGGCCGUGCUCGCCUGCACUACGAGCUGCUGUUCAGCAGUAACAGUAUCAGACUCUUAAUGAUGAGUUAUGCCGAAAAGCCCGAGGACAUAACUCGAGAGGAAUGGAUGGAAAAGCUCAACAACGUCCACGUUCAGCGGGCGGACAUGAAUCGGCUCAUCAUGAACUACCUGGUGACAGAGGGUUUUAAGGAGGCGGCAGAGAAGUUCCGCCUGGAAUCAGGAAUUGAGCCGAGCGUCGAUUUGGACUCGCUAGAUGAGAGGAUCAAGAUCAGAGAGAUGAUUCUGAAGGGCCAGAUUCAGGAGGCCAUUGCGCUGAUCAACAGUCUGCAUCCUGAACUUCUAGAUACUAAUCGCUACCUAUACUUCCAUCUCCAGCAGCAGCACCUGAUCGAGUUGAUCCGCCUGCGGGAGACUGAGGCGGCGCUAGAGUUCGCGCAGACGCAGCUGGCAGAGCAGGGCGAGGAGAGUAGAGAGUGUCUGUCUGAGAUGGAGCGCACGCUGGCGUUGCUGGCCUUUGAUAACCCAGAGGAGUCGCCGUUUGGAGAUCUCCUCAACAUGAUGCAGAGACAGAAGGUGUGGAGUGAAGUCAACCAGGCUGUCUUGGACUACGAGAACCGAGAGUCGACGCCCAAACUGGCGAAACUCCUAAAGCUUCUGUUGUGGGCUCAGAAUGAACUGGACCAGAAGAAAGUCAAGUACCCUAAAAUGACUGAUCUGAGCAAGGGCACUAUUGAGGACCCCAAAUAGAGACGAACACGAAGCCUGCUCAGUGUAACUUUGUGUGGGAAAUAAAGUGGACAUUUUUGCCUCCCCUUUCACUAUU